ACAAGCAGACACGUGCCAUCCUAUUGUUAGAGUUCACGCACUUCCCGUAACACGAGAGUCCGCGGACACUAACCUGAAUUAGAGGCAGCCUUAGGGUUUAAAAGAAAGAGCGAGAGAAACUAGGGUUUUAGGAAACUUUAUUUUGCAUCAUUCCGUAAGAAUGGGUUUUUGGGGAAUCGAAGUGAAACCGGGCAAACCACACCCUUUCCACUCUGAUAACGUGGAAGGAAGGCUUUAUGUAACCCAGGCAACUCUAGGCCUUGGUCCAUCAACAGAGAGGACUGUUCUUCAGUGUUCUGUUGGCCAUAAAAAUCCAGUUUUCUUAUGUUCCUUAUUACCGGACAGAAUUGAAUCUUGCUCCUUGAAUCUUGAAUUCAAGGAUGAAUUAGUGGCUUUCUCUGUGAUUGGCCCACGAAGCAUCCAUCUAUCUGGUUAUUUUGUGUCUGAUGAAGGUGAUCAUCUCCGUGAUGAGUACGAGUCUGAUUCUGGAGAGGACAUUGCUGAGACAGAAACAGAAGAGUCAAGUGAAUGUGAUUAUGACGAUGAAUACGAUGAUGACUUUAUUGAUGAUGACGAUGAUGACCUUGAAAUGUUCUCACCUUCACCUGUUCCCAAUAGUGGAGUUGUAAUUGAGGAAAUAGUGGACGAUGAGAAACCCAACAAUCAGCCUAAACAAUCAAAGAAGAAAAGUAACCAGGAGGACCAAAAGAACUCCCAUCGACAAAUGCUUGUUAGGAGGGGAGCUGAUGUCUCAGUUUUGGAAAGUGAAGAUGAAGAUGGCUUUCCAAUUGUUGCCUCGCAGAAAAGCAAAGCUGGAGUUGAGGAACCUGAACUAGACAUACAAAAAGAUAAGAGAACCAAAGAAACCAAGAAAAAAGCAAGAGAUGACAAUAGUGAUGCCACAGGAAAGAAGAGAAAAGACAAAGGCACUGACCAAGACGGUGAAUCAAUAAGGAAAAAGAAGAAGAAGAAGGAGAAAGAAAAGGAUAAAGCAGUAAUCACUGCUGAAAUAGAUGACAAUGAGAACAAAGAUCUUUCCAAAGAUGCAAUCCUACAAGAGGAGGUGAAGAAGCAGGAUUCUCCUGAUGCUAAUUCCAAUAAGAGGGGUCUUAACACUGAUGCAGACAAUGUCCCUGGUGAAAAUACAUCUGAUAAGAAAAAGAAAAAAAAGAAGAACAAGAAGAACAAGGAUAGUGGGGAGGAUAUGAGUAAGAAUCAAACUGCUUCAGCUGUGGGAGCUGAGGCCAAAACCUCUCUGGGGUCUGAGAGUAACCAAUCAGCAGCUAAGUCUUCACACAUUAGAACCUUUGCCAAUGGUUUGGUUAUUGAGGAGUUAGCAAUGGGCAAACCGGAUGGUAAAAGAGCUUCUCCUGGAAGUCAGGUCAGCAUGCACUAUAUUGGCAAGCUAAAGAAGAAUGGCAAAAUAUUUGAUUCUAAUGUGGGAAGGGCACCCUUCAAGUUCCGCCUAGGUAUAGGACAAGUAAUAAAGGGAUGGGAUGUUGGAGUUAAUGGCAUGAGAGUUGGUGACAAAAGAAGACUUACAAUUCCACCAUCAAUGGGUUAUGGGGAUAGAGGAGCUGGUCCGAAGAUACCGCCCAAUUCAUGGCUUGUGUUCGAUGUUGAGUUGCUGAAUGUCAAAUGAUAGUGAUCAGCGACUGGCCUUCCUUUUGGAUUUGAACUCCUCCAUUGCUUUAAUAGACAUUGAUGAAUGCUUGAGAGUGAGACUUGGUAUUUAUUGACAAAACUCGUAUGGAAUACUGCUACUGGUUCACCUCAUCGUGCAUAUCAAUUCAGUGUUGUUAGAUGGGUGUGGGCAAAAAUUUUGGUAAAAACUAGCUGCUUUUAUUUCACAAGAGUGCAAAAAUUAUCAAUUGACUAUAUUCUUGAAUCUUGUCCCCCCUUCAAAUGGGUCAUGUUAUUUUGAAGCUGGGCCUUCUCGCUUGCCAUGUGUAAGACUGAAGCAACCAAUAUACACAAUUUCUUUUUUUGGGCAGAA